UCAUCAGGACCGACAUUUCAUGAACAAAGCGACUCGCGCGCACCAAGAACCCCGCCGUCGCAUAUUCUCUACCCUUCUGUCUGAACACUCAAUUAGGGUUAGGGGCUUUAUUUCGUCUUCUCGCUCUUUCUCGUUCGCCUGUGUGGGCUGCGGGAGCUUUCUGAGUCUGCGAGCUCUUAAGCGGAUUCUCAAUGGGAGUUCCAGCUUUCUAUAGAUGGUUAGCGGAGAAGUACCCGUUGGUGGUGGUGGAUGUCGUCGAAGAAGAACCGGUUGUAAUCGAUGGCAUUAAGAUACCGGUUGAUACUAGUAAGCCAAACCCUAACAAUAUGGAAUUCGACAAUCUCUACCUCGACAUGAACGGGAUUAUUCACCCCUGCUUUCAUCCCGAAGAUAGGCCUUCUCCAACUACUUAUGCUGAGGUAUUUCAGUGUAUGUUUGAUUACAUUGAUAGGCUUUUUGUGAUGGUGCGGCCUCGAAAACUGCUAUACAUGGCUAUUGAUGGUGUUGCUCCAAGGGCUAAAAUGAAUCAACAACGGUCUAGGCGUUUUAGAGCAGCCAAAGAUGCAGCAGAUGCGGCAGAUGAAGAAGCAAGGCUAAGGGAAGAGUUUGAGAGAGAAGGCCGAAAACUUCCUCCAAAACAGGAGUCACAAGUUUUUGAUUCUAAUGUUAUUACUCCAGGAACUGAAUUUAUGGCUGUUCUAUCAAUUGCACUGCAGUACUAUAUUCAUCUCAGGUUGAACAAUGACCCUGGUUGGGAAAAAGUUAAGGUUAUUCUUUCUGAUGCCAAUGUUCCUGGUGAGGGGGAACACAAGAUUAUGUCAUACAUUCGCCUUCAAAGAAACCUCCCUGGUUAUGACCCAAAUACACGCCAUUGCCUGUAUGGUUUGGAUGCGGAUUUGAUAAUGUUGGGUUUAGCUACCCAUGAAAUUCAUUUUUCAAUUCUUCGAGAGAUUGUAUUUACUCCUGGGCAACAAGACAAAUGCUUCCUAUGUGGACAGAUGGGCCAUUUAGCAGCAAAUUGUGAAGGAAAGGCAAAAAGAAAGGCUGGAGAGUUUGAUGAGAAAGGUGAUGGUGCUUCUGUUGCCAAAAAACCAUACCAGUUUCUCAACAUCUGGACUCUUAGAGAAUACUUGGAGCAUGAGAUGACAGUUCCUAACACUUCAUUCAAGAUUGAUCUUGAAUGCAUUGUGGAUGAUUUUAUCUUCAUGUGUUUCUUUGUUGGCAAUGAUUUCUUACCGCAUAUGCCCACGUUGGAGAUUCGCGAGGGUGCGAUUAACUUGCUGAUGGCAAUAUACAAGAAAGAAAUCAGGGCAUUGGGCGGGUAUUUGACUAAUGGAAGCAAGCCAAAUUUGAGCAGGGUGGAGCAUUUUAUUCAGGCUGUUGGAUCUUUCGAAGAUAAGAUAUUCCAAAAAAGAGCUCGAUUGCAUCAGCGGCAGGCUGAAAGAAUAAAGCGUGAAAAGGCACAUGCCAGGAGAGGGGAUGAUGCACAGCCUCUAGUUCAACCCGAGUCUUUGGUGCCAGUUGCUCGAUUUCAUGGUUCUCGGCUUGCUUCCGGUCCUUCACCUUCUCCAUAUCAACAAUCAGAAUCUAAUUACAAUUCAGGGAGCUCAAUGUCUGCCAGAAAAGAUUACCAACUUGGACAAGACACAGCAGGGUUGUCGGGGCUUGAAAUUAAAAGCAAACAGUCUUGGGCUGCAGAUGCUAGAGGGGCUUCUGCUCCGCCUCAAAAAGUUGCACGCUUGUCUUCAGGGGCUACAAUUGGUGCUGCUAUUGUUGAAGCUGAAAAUAGCCUUGAAAUAGAAGUAAGCGAAAACAAAGAAGAAUUGAAAGUGAAGCUUAAGGAGGUACUUCGCGAGAAGUCAGAUGUUUUUAACUCUCAAAAACCAGAAGAGGACAAGAUUAAGUUGGGAGAACCGGGGUGGAAAGAAAGAUACUACGAGGAAAAGUUUUCUGUUAGAACUCCUGAGGAGCUUGAAGCCAUACGAAGGGAUGUUGUCUUGAGUUACACAGAAGGCCUUUGUUGGGUCAUGCACUAUUAUUAUGAAGGGGUUUGUUCAUGGCAGUGGUUUUAUCCUUAUCAUUAUGCACCUUUUGCUUCUGAUCUCAAGGAUCUUGGUCAGCUGGACAUAAGCUUUGAGCUUGGCUCUCCCUUCAAACCAUUCAAUCAGCUUUUGGGAGUAUUUCCUGCUGCAAGUUCCCAUGCACUUCCUGAGCAUUACAGGAAAUUGAUGACCGAUCCAAAUUCACCUAUUAUUGACUUUUACCCGACUGAUUUUGAGGUGGAUAUGAAUGGCAAACGGUUUGCUUGGCAGGGUAUUGCGAAAUUGCCUUUUAUUGAUGAAGCUCGCCUUCUUUCAGAAGUCCAGAAAAUUGAACAUACAUUGACAGAGGAGGAGGUUUGGAGAAAUAGCGUGAUGUUCGACAUGCUUUUCGUGAAAUUGUGUCAUCCUCUCUCUGUAUGCAUAAGUAUUCUUGAUGAGAAGUAUAAACGAUUAACGGACAAAGAACGUGUCAAGGUCAAGGAGAAACUCAAGCCCGAAAAAAGUGGUGGAAUGAAUGGUUAUUUAUCCCCAUGCGCUGGAGAACCCCACCCACCUAUUUUCAGGUCUCCCGUGAUAGGGAUGGAAGAUAUUAUUGACAACCAAGUCAUAUGCGCUAUAUUCCAACUCCCAGAUAUGCAUGAACACAUCACUCGACCACCUGUGGGGGUUAAAUUCCCAGAGAAGAUUGUGAAUUUGGGGGAUCUAAAACCUGAACCAGUUUUGUGGCAUGAAGAUUCUGGAAGGAGGCCAUGGGAGAAUGGAAGGCAAAACUCCUCAGGAACCACUUCUGGCCGACAGCUUGGGGAGGCAGCUCAUCGAUUUGUUGCUAACAGCUUACAAGUGAAGGUAAAUCCUAAUGGGUACGGCAAUAAAAUGAAUGCCCCACCACCAUCUUACCCCAUGCCUCAUCAUCGCCCGCGGAUGGCUUCCUACCAAAAUGAAAGAUAUCAUGAUCAGGCAUAUAACAGAAUGCGACCACCAGGAACAUUUCACUCUCCUCGAGGACACCAUCAAUUUUCAAAUUCCACUGCCGGUCCAGGUUACAAUGAGGAUGGGUACAAUCCACCAUAUGUCUCACCCGUGGACCGUCAUCCCAACAAUAGGUCUCACCCUCAGAACUACGAAAGAAAUAACCAACCAGUUACCCACAGUAACGGUCAGUACUCCAGGAAUGUGAACUAUCAUCCAUCCGGAAUUCAUCAGAAUGGAGUACCCAUGCAUGCUAGGGAACAGAUGGCACAAGCUCCAAACGGGGUCAGUGCUUAUCCGCAGCAAGGUGGUCACAACAGUUAUCAGAACUACCAAUCACCUGGAGGUUCUAGUCAUCAGCGGUGGGGUGUUCGGCCUCCAAUGACCAAUCAGGGCAUUCCGAGGGGGUAUGGUCACCCUCAACAACUAGGCAACCAAUAUUCUGUACCAGAAAGAAGAGCAAAUAAGCGGCCAUCCCCACCGCCGCCUGGAUAUGGGCACAAGUAGAAAUACUUUUCUGCUUGUCACCCUAACCUGUCCUUGCCAAUAAAUGUGUACACUAGUCACAUUUUUUCAUUUGCUGUGAGUUGUAACAUUAAGUUCUUUUUCCAUUUGUUUUUGGAAGUCCAAGAUCUAUAGGGUUUUUUCUC